AUGGCGACUCAUCUACGACGGCAAGUCCUUUCGCUGCCUCAUUUGGUUCGUCUCUCGUCAUCCGAGAUCUCCGGAUCGCGAUCUCUCUCCACUGAUGCCGUGGUGGAGCUCAAAUCUGGCGACAUCGGAAUGGUUUCCGGUAUUCCACAGGAACACCUCCGGCGAAAGGUACAUCUUCUGGAGGGAGAUCAAUAUUGUAACUGUUAGCUUAUUAUGUAAUUUAAUCCACGCGUUUGAUUUUUAUUUUUUAAAAUCAGUUCGAGUUUAUGUGCAAUCGAUUCUCAAUUAUGUGUCUUCUACUACUUUCCGUGUCUGAUUAAGUUGGACGCAGAAAGAGAAGGAAACCAUCAGUUUAGACUGUUUUCUCCCUUUGUGCAGAAAUCGAUGCCUGUUGGAUUUAGAAAUAUUAUUUUCCCAUCGUUCCCAUCCCCACCACGCCUCCCCUACACUUCUCCUUUGCAUUUCGAAAUAAAAAUGUGUGGUGAUACAUUCUGGGCCAUGGAAGGACCACGGUAUCCUUGAGUCCAGACAUGUGCACCGCUCGUACCUAGACGCAUUAACAACGAUUUCAUUGCUCCAAUGAUAGACGGUAGUCUACCUGCCAUAACCAAAGGAUCAGUGCCGUCAAUGCCCUUGGUCCAGCUACCAGACAUUUCACCCACGGACGUUGGUUAUAAGGGGAGUCUUGUGUGUUUUCGAUUGAAGGCGCGUGCUGCUGAUAAGUUUCAAGGAAAACCAUAUUGAGUCGUACCUCAAAUUUGACAUGUUUCUUAGGUAAAUUACUUAUUAUCCGCUGCAAUAUCUUGAGAAAGGCCUGAAAUUGAACCUUCCUUUGUUCCGCUCAAACUGUAUUCGUCAGGUUGUUAUAUAUUCACCAGCUCGAACUGCAACUCAGCAAGGUUCUGGGAAAGUUGGCGGGUGGAAGAUAAAUUUUAUGUCAACGCACAAGUAAGUUCUGCUGAUGCAGGUUUCGCCUGUCUUUUUGUUUCAUAGGUCAAGAAAGAUGACAUACGUUUUAUCUCAAAUUCUUUGUGGUAUUAUAGUGGUUAUCUAGUCAGCUCAUUUUGAUUCAAAACAUGUGAUCCAGGCCCCUUUUUUUAAAGCUGACAUGUAAUUUAGUGGUAGAUUCUUUGUCAUAUGAUAUGUACUAAGAGACUGCGAGGGUCUCCGUUUUGACAUGUAAUUUAGUGUCAGAUUCUUUGUCACAUAAAAUCUACUCAGAUAAUGUAAGGGUCUUCGUUCUGACAUGUGGAACAACAUUGGCCAAAAUAUCUAAAGAAAAACUCUGGUUCAAACAUCUAUAAAUUCUUUCUGUGUAAGAGAAAAACUCUAAAUUCAGUACAUAUUGUAUUGAAUUGAUAUCAUUGUCCUAUUUUUUUUAUUAUAUGUUAUGCCUGGUUUGUGUGGUAGUAUUGAUACACGCACGUAAAAAACACACUUUGAUGUAAAUUGUAUCUAUCUGACAAAAUUUAUCCAGUUGACCGAACUUCACACUGUGAUAUUGCCAGAUUGAAAACAGAAAAUGGAUGGGUAAAUAUCCUUUUUUGUCACGUUUUUGGAUUGAUGUUUGAACCAUAUUCAAUUAUUUUCCAAACAUAGUAUUGAUAAGACUAAAUAAUAUGGUAUUUUUUCUAGGUGCCGGAGUUUUAUAUUUUAUUGUGAAGUGGAUUGCACUUAUGGUUGCUAGUGUUAUUAGCUAAAGAGCUCAGUCCUGACUUCAUUGGUACAACUAGGCGGAAAUAUCAAAGUUAUUAUUACUAAUGGUCUCAUAGUCUGCAAGAUAACGCUUAUAUUUUUUUAUUUUUGACAUCUAAAAAGGGCAUUGUAUUUCUUGACAUGCUAGCUGAAAAACUGCUACGAUUUAUGGGUUUCAUCCUUUCAAACGUUUUGCACCUUAGGUGGGAGAAUCCAUUGAUGGGCUGGACAUCAACUGGGGACCCAUAUGCCAAUGUGGGAGAUGCAGGGCUCAGUUUUAACAGUUCUGAGGCAGCAGCAUCAUUUGCUGAGAAGCAUGGUUGGGACUAUGUUGUAUGUAUUUCUCAAUUUUCAGAUGCUUUAUUUCUAUUUUUACUUCGUUCGGAGUCGUUGGUUGAGAAACCCCCUACUAUUACCUCCAUAAUGUUAUCUAAUGUAUGAGUAUUAUUAGUUUGAUCCUAAUUGAUCUAAUAUCAGAACGAGCACUAUCUACUUGCAGAAACAUAAAAGGAGAAGGAAUGAUUACAUUAACUAAGCUGAAACUGAAAAGAAAGACAUGCUGUUGUAUAUCUGUUUCUAGCUCGAUAUAGCUGAGUAGGGGAAUAUUUGCUUCUGCUAGUCAUCGUAUAUAUCCAGAGAAAGUUUGAUGAUAAAAUUAUGAUCUUGAAGAUGCAUCUAUUAUCAGUGGAUGGUUCAUGUUUAUAUGAUGGUUGGGGUCUUGUAAAUGUGACUUGAGAGGGUGAUAUUAUCAAGUUUGAUAGUGACUCCUUUUUAUCCACCUGCGUUUUCUCUUUCUGACAAAGAAAUUCAGGCAAGAUGCAUCGAACCAUAUCCAAAUGAACCAAAUUAACCUUUCCAAGCGUAAGCAAACAUCAAUAUCUGCAUCCCAUUAAUAGUUUUUAAGUUAGGACGUGUAUCUACAUUACUUCUCUUGGCAUAUUGAACUUACGACUCAUUUCUUAAGGGAAAAAAAAAAUAAUAGUAGACACUUCUGCUUGUUAAGUGUUGAAAAAUGUGAUCUAAAAACAGAAUAGCUUCAGAAGAAAUGGCAAUACAUGCAAAGGUCGCACCAAGAUUAGCUCUACAACUGGUCCUCAGUAGCUUCUGUUCCAAAUCCUAGUUUAAUUGGGAGCUGGGAAGUUCCGGUCAGCGAGGGCGAGUUAACAUCAGAAAAACCAGCCACACAGGAUUUGUGUCUGGUUUUGCAUGAUUCGUCACUCUGGGAUGCACCCUCUGCAAAUAAUUACUCUUAAAAUGGGAGGCAAUAAGUGGUAAUGUGGUUUAAUUUUGACUUAUGGAGCUUAAUAAUUACCACAUUUGUUUUAACAUUUUCCAUUGACAUAAACCCUAAUCAUAGGUUUAAACAUCUUAUGUCCUCUGUUACUGCCUCACACCCUCAACUCUCCUUACUGUUCGUGGUCAUGCCUUUCAGUCUUCUGAUGAUUUUCUGGCUAAGUUAAUCAACAUGUUAGAUAGCCUGUUGUUCUUUGUUCUUUCUGUCUCGUCUAAUACAGAAAAAAUAUGCAUUCCUGCAGAUUUCCUCCUGACUUUCUGAUUCUAUAUGCAGGUGAAGAAGCGUCACACGCCAGUUUUGAAGGUUCGUUGACGUUUUUAAUUGAUUGCAUGCUAGGGUUCUACAUUGGGCACCGUUUGCUAAAACCUUGAUCCCUAUCUGUUGAGACUCAAAACGGUGAGGAUCAUUUGGUCAGUUUUCUGGGUGUAUUUGGCGUAUGUCCAUCAGGUUGUCAAUGGGCUGAGUUGAGCUGGUGCAUCUUUUACCGGACCCACAUCUACUCUGUCCCCAGAUAUAACAUAGACAGUUUGAUCGGUAGAGAGAGAGAGAGAGAGAGAGGAGGUGUUGAAAAUUUUGACUGAGGUUCCCAAUGGUCCGAGUAAUCACAGAACUUGGAUCCCCAGUUUUCUUAGUUUAGACUUUAAAUUGAAGCCCAUCAACAAAAAUAGGAUCCAGAAGUCCACAUGACAGCCUCUCUCUCUCUCUCUCUCUCUCUCUCUCUCUCUCUCUCUUACAUAUAGGGGCAUACCCUGGGUCGGGUGGGCCUACUGGGCCAGGACCAAGUUCUAUAUGGGCCUAAACAGGAGCCAAUUUCCAGGCUUCUCUUUGGGCCAGGUUCAGAUCCACUCUUGUAAAAGACGGGCCUAUUGAGUCCCCUGGUUGUAAUAAAGUCAACCAUUCGAUGAUCCUAAUGACUGUUCUCUCUUGGGUUUAUUUCUUUAAUUAUUUUUUAAGAUUUAACUCUGUCUAGUUCCAUGCAGCCGAAGGCCUACGCUGACAAUUUCAAGUGGAAGGGACCUCCAAGAUCUGAGGAAGAAUAG